AUGGCUCCAAUUAACUUCGGUGUUCUUAUGAUCCCCUAUCAAACUAUUGACGUCGCUAUGCCUCUGGAUGUUUUGGGUUCAUGCUCCAAGGCAAUGAUGGAAGCUUGUCAAUCUCCCGACACACCAGAGAUUGAUCGCCUGAUCAAGCACGCGAUUGAUAUCAAUUUCUUUCAUAUCAAUGAAACCAUGGAACCUGUUGAACUCUCGGCAGGAUUCAAAGUGGUACCAACAACUACCUUUGCAGAAUGCCCACCACUUGAUUACCUCAUUAUCGGUGGCCCAAUCCCAAGCUAUCGCCUUCCAGAAUCUUUCAAAAGCUUUAUCCGUGCCCAUGUUGCGGCAGGUAAAGGCCUCUUCAUAACCUGCACUGGCGCAAUAACUGUUGCACAGACGGGUAUUCUUGACGGAAAGAGAGCUACAAUGAAUCAUUGCUUCUUUGAUUAUGCCAAGAAACAUCACCCAAAUGUGAAUUGGACCAUCGAUGCUCAAUGGAUUGUUGAUGGAAAGAUUUGGACGGCAGGUGGUGCUUGUGCUGGAAUGGAUAUGAUGGCUAGUUGGGUAAUAGAUAAGGUUGGAAUGGAUCUUGUAAAGUUUGCGUUUGAGACUUUGGAUUACGAACCCAGGGAUGUGAAUGGGAAUAGAGUUCUUCCUCAGCAGCAUCACUAUACUGUGGGAGUUUAA